CCCGGCCAUGACCCUGCGGAGACUCCGGCGGCUCCGGCCCGGACAGCCAGAGCAAGAGGCGGCGGUGGCGAGCGCGGCGGGUCCGGGCGUUCUCGGGGGCCGAACGUCGGAGCUGGAGCUGGAGAAGGCGCUGGCGGCCUCGGGGGGCACCUUGCCCCGCGCCAGAAGGGGUUCCGGAUUCAAAUGGCGCUCUCUCAGCCAGUCACCCGAGCAGCACAGGAAGGUGAUCACGUUGGAGAAAGAAGAGACUCAGGCCUUUGGAUUUGAGAUUCAGACCUACGGGCUACACCACCAGGAUACCAAACGCGUAGAAAUGUUCACCUUCGUGUGCCGCGUCCAUGAUGAGAGCCCGGCCCAUGCGGCAGGCCUUAAACCUGGAGAUACAAUCACUGGCGUCAAUGGGCUCAACGUGGAGGGGAUCCGUCACCGUGAGAUUGUGGAGAUCAUCAAGGCAUCUGGGAAUGUGCUGAGGUUGGAGACCUUGUACGGCACGUCAAUCCGGAGGGCGGAGCUAGAGGCCCGUUUGCAGUAUCUCAAGCAAACACUUUAUGAGAAAUGGGGGGAAUAUCGGUCACUGAUGGUGCAGGAGCAGCGCCUAGUCCAUGGAAUCGUAGUUAAAGACCCGAGCAUCUAUGACACCUUGGAGUCUGUGCGCUCCUGCCUGUACGGCACUGCGUUGGCGAGAGGCUCUACGCCCUUCAGGAUGCUGUUGCCGGCACCAGGUAGCACGUAUAGCAGUGUGGGCUGCGUCAGCACUGCCACGGACGAGAGCGAGGAUUCGGUUUACCAGACCUGCUUUUUUGACUCUGCCGAUUCCCUGGACAUUGCCCCCAUGGUGGCCCAGUCCUUGCGCCCCCGGACAACGUUAACCCGCAGCGCCAGCGUCAAAUGUACCAGCAGCAACGGAGCUGCCCACUUCUGGGACAAGCCAUGUGACCCAAAGAACUCCAUAGCAACACCGAGGCCCAGGAAGAACAAACACGGAAGCUUCCGGAAACGGCUGCUCAAGUUUAUCCCCGGGUUGAACCGUUCUCUGGAAGAAGAAGAGAGCCAGUUGUAGAAGGACUAAUAACAUAGCUGGGGAAGUGGGAAGCCAGGCUGUCUCCGCUUUCAAAGUUGGCUAUUUAUUUAUUUAUUUGAGCUUCCGUUGGGGUGGUUCAAAGGACUCGAGCGUCCAAGAAGACCUGAAUGCCAGCAGUCUACCUGUGCUUCAAGGGAUACAGAUUGUGCUGGACAGAUCUGGUCGUGGGCCUUGAGGUUGUUAGGGCAGCUUCAUCCUUUUGGAAAUGAGCUCAUGGGGAGGUGGGGGGGGGGGAGAGAAAAGCUGAGUCUUCAAGGAAGCAGGAAGCAGCAGCGGCAGGCAGGGAGGGGGGAGGUCUCGAAAGGAAAUGUAGCAAACUGUCAGGCCAAAGAAGCACAAAGUGAUCUGGCCGCCUUCAUUCGUAGGAGGAAAUUUUUGGAGCAGGAUGCCUCUCAGGAAAGAGUAAAGCAAUCUAUGAAUGCUCCUGUUGAGGGGUUCGGUGACUUCUGAAAAGGGGUGGAACUGGAAAAUGAGAAACUGCUUCUGACUCCUAAUUGGCAGGGAUUUUUCCCUUAAAUCUUCUGGAAAGUUUGGGUGGCCGGGGGUUGUAAAUGUUGGGGUUUGUUUUAGGACUUGAAGGGGUAUUAGCAGAACUGGCAUGUUGACCUAGGGCAUGAAGUAGCAUUUAAGGUUUAGAGCUUGAGGUUUAUAUAAUAAGAGGCAGGAUGUGAGAGCCCUGUCCUGGGAUAAAAAUGGC